UUUAAAUUUUGUUUUUAUCAACAUUCAAGGUCUAUCCAUUUGAAUAUGCGUACACAGAAGAACACCAUUCUUUACUUCAAGUUGGUCGAAAUAUAACCUAUAUAAAAUUAUUGGCUCGGGAGUUUUUUAAAGAAUCUCAACAAGAUACUCGACCGUUCUUUCUGUACAUUGGUUUUCAUGAUCCUCACCGUUGUGGACACACAAAUCCUGAAUACGGUUAGUAGCUACCUUAACUGCAAAUGUCAUGUCAUAAUUACACAAUAGCAAAAAUUAUUUGUAGGCCAGCAGCCAAUGAAAACGGAGAUUGUAAAGGUAAUGCGUAUAAUACAUGUUAUCUCUAACUCAAAAUUUUGAAAAUUACUGUUCUUGCAGAAAAGCCUCGUGUCUUAGUUAUCAACUUUGACAUGAUUAGAACAUUAUGUUCAAUCACGCUUUGGUCGUGUACGAUUCGUAUUCUGCACUGGGGAAAAAAUGUGAAAUCCAUACUAUGAGAUUUGCAAUUGAAAUUACUAAAUCCAUAGUAUGUCCAACUAUUUCGAUACUAUAUCCAUAGUGUGGAAAUAUACAAUUAUUAUGGAUAAUCAAAAAUCCAUUCUAUUUCCAAUAAAGGUCCAUACAAUUUCCAUUCUAUGGAUUUCCAAAAUGUUUUCCAGUACUGGCGUAUGAAAUUUACUGCUGACGCCACAAUUCCUCUUCAUUCAGAUUCAAAUGCAACCACUUUACGUGUGCUUAUUCGAUUACAUACGCCAGAAUACGAAUCGUACACGACAAAUCGCAGCGUGUAAACGUACCUUAAAUUUAUACAGUGAAUACUGUUUUACAACUUUUUAGGGCAAUUCUGUGAGAAAUUUGGCAAUGGUGAGCCCGGCAUGGGAAUAAUAGAAGACUGGAAACCAACCCAUUACGAUCCUUCGGAUGUUGUUGUUCCAUAUUUUGUUCAAGAUACUAUCGCUGCAAGACAGGACCUGGCAGCACAGUAUACAACUAUCAGCAGACUGGAUCAAGGCGUUGGUUUAAUACUGGAUGAAUUAAAAAGCUCUGGCUUUGAAGAUUCUACGUUAGUAGUGUACAGUUCAGAUAAUGGAAUACCGUUUCAAGUUGGUAAGGGUUAUUAUGAUGAAGAUAAGAACCACGCACUGCACUGCAGUACAUAGCAUUGCGUUACGUUACUUGCGUUACAUACACUACAUACACAGUACGUUACGUAUAUACUUAAACAUUACAGGGGAGGUUCUAUAAAACUCUUAACUACUUUUUAACUAGUAUCCAUUUUUUAGUUAAUUAUUAGUGGUUAACUUUAAUAUGGUUGUAUAAAAAUGUAGUUAGCGUAGUUAAAACUGCAGUUAAAACGUCGUUAUACCGUAGUUAACUAUCCUCUAUGGAGUAUCGUCAGGGGCGUACAUUCUACAGCCAGUGGCGGCGGAACAGAUUUUAUUUUGGGAAGGCUAAUCAGUUCCAGCUAAGUUGGGAACCAUAUAGUUAAGAUUUUCAGCCAAGUGCAAACACGAUACGCAAAACCUGAUUGAACUGUAAAAUUUGCAAAAUCGAGGCUCGGAAUUGCCAUUUUCUGCACGUUCCGGCACCGAGUAAAGAAUUUGGAUGAAAAAUUCUCCUGUCUACACCAGACAUUUGCGGCUUGUGGAUUAAACAUUUCUCAUAGCAGAAAUUCGGGACCGACUUUUAAUACAGUCUCAAACAAAACUGGGACCGACGUUUUGAGAAUUUUCGAGUGUUGGGGGGGGGGGUUAUACACCCCACACCCCUCUCUAAUGUGCGCUCCCGGGUGUCGUUAACUUCUCAAAAUGUAGUUAAAAAUGGUGCUCUUAUAGACUUAGGAGUGAACAACAUUUUUCAGUAAGACAAUAAUGAAAAGCAGCGCUUACCUGGGAUUUUCAAUCACUAUCUUCCCUUCAUGUGAAUGUUUUCAGUGAUGUUUUCUGACAGUUAUAAACUCUUCAAACGCUAUAUCGCUUUGGGUUUUGGGCGGAAACAGAAUAUAUUUUUAGCAGGAAGAUUUGUCGAAGACGGAGUAGGACCUAUUACACGAAGAAACACUGAUAUUCUGUAUAAUUGCCAAACAGCUACACUUUAGAUUAAUGUAGACAUCUUACGAAAACGGUGCCUUCUUCUUUGAUUUUUGUCUUGUUUUCUUGUUUAUUUUUCACUGUUGUGAAAAUUAUUAUUUGCAAAAUACGAGUCCACAAUCAUGUUAAAAAUGCUUGUCAGCGGUCGUUAAUCACUUCUUACUUUAUGUAAUUUUGUGUUUAAACGCCUCACGCACACACAAUCCAACUAACUACGUUUUGUGCAACGCAAAUGCAACGCAAUUGAUGUUAGCUAAUGUAGUUAGCUAAUUACACUUGAUGAUUUAACUACAGUAGUUAACGCUAACUAUAGUUAACUUUAACUACGUUUUUAUACAACCAGUAUCAGUACGUUACAUUACAUUACAUCGUGUAAUAUAUAUACUGAACAUCGCGAAAAUUAGGCUAUUGUUAUUUUUCGUAUAAAGGUCGCACAAACUUGCAAGAACCAGGAAUGAGUGAGCCGUUGCUUGUCUCAACACCUUUCCACGAAGAAUACUGGAACACCCGAAGCGAUGCUCUGGUUAGCUUACUGGACAUUACACCAACCGUCUUAGACUGGUUCAACAUUACGUAUCCUACAUACAAGAUCUUUGGUCCCAAUCCAGUCAACCUGACUGGCAAUACACUCCUACCAUUAUUGCAGGAACGUGAGUCACGUGUCCAACAAGAAUGGGACACUGUAUAUGCAAGUCACAGUCUCCAUGAGAUCACAGGAUACUACCCAAUGAGGGUCAUAAGAAAACAGAGAUUUAAACUUAUCCACAAUUUGAACUUUUUAAUGCCGUUUCCAAUCGAUCAGGAUUUUUAUAUUUCGCGCACGUUUCAAGAUCUUCUCAACCGAACACGUAAACACAUCGACACACAUUGGUUCAUGACCCUGCAUGAUUAUUACUAUCGACCACGUUGGCAGCUUUUUGACCUACAGAACGAUCCGAAAGAACUGGUCAAUCUUGCGGGAAAGACAGAAUUUCAAGAUGUGUUCGAGAGCUUGCGACGGGAACUGCAUCAAUGGCAAAAUGUCACGUACGAUCCAUGGAUUUGUGCUCCUGAUGGCGUUCUUGAAAACGAAGGAGCGUUUUCACCCAUGGGAACGUGUUUGCCGUUGGACAAUAAUUUGUAAAUAUAUAUUUCAAAAAGGGUCACUUCAAAUUUUAAUAGCUAAUAUAUGCAUGAAAAAUAUUCUCAAUUUUUGAUUGGCUGAGAGUAUUGAGAUAUUAUUUUAAUACACUAGACCUUUAGUCAGUGUAUCAUAGUCAUACACAAUGGUGGUUGUAGUUUCAAAUUUUCAUCACAGGUUGAAACAGUUAUUUUAACUCGGAAAGGAGUAUAGUAAAAAUGAUUAUUAUGAAAGUGCAAAUUUUAAAACAACUUCCUAAGGCAAAGGUCAGUACCGUAUCAGAGCAUGAUGUAUAACUUAUAAUUACUUUAAUCUUCAUUAGUAUAUGGGAUUAUCAACUAACCCGACCGUUAUUGGAGGUCCAUGCAACCUUAUAACAUGUCAAGAUUCUUAUCAAGUACAAAAUAACUGUGCCUUGAAUGCGAUGGAUUUAUCUUUUUAUAAUAAAACCAAUCACCGACACCCAUAAAAACCCCUUGCAGGAUCACACGACGUCUUCACAAUAAUAAGAUAUAAUUAUAAGUAAUUUGUUUUGGAGGGAAAUAUAUUAUUUGCGCUGAUGAAGAUUCGUGGUGUACGGAUCGAAAGCUUUGCAGAUUUAAUUAUUUAUUUGAUUGUUUUAAUCCGUAAUAUUAAAUCAGGGUGUUUUCCACAAAAACUAAUAAAUAAAAAACAUCCCAAACAUGUUUUACCUGUUCGAUUGGGUAGCUUUGCUUCGUAAAAUGUAAGUUGUAUUCAACUGGUGCUUGAGAUAAAUAG